UGGAAGUCUAUCAACAACUGAUCUACCAGAUGCAUGAUAAUCCAUGAUCCGUUUUGCGUGAUAAGUGACAUCAUGUCGAAUAAACAAUUAUUUCUUCCAUCUGGCUUUCCACGAGCACCUCUCGGUCUAGGAAUUGGACGUUACGUCUGUCAGCUGCAGAGGGUAACUUUAAAAUUUUGCAAAAACCAUGGCACAAGUAGAGGAAUGAGGGAUUUUAUAGAGCACAAUCUAGUUCAAUAUGCGAAGGAUAAUCCAGGAGUCGUCGUGUACGCUAAACCAAGAAGACACAAACACCCAGUUAUAGUUGCUGAGUAUUUAAAUGGCGGUAAACACUGGAUGGACGUUGCUAACUACAGUCGGGAUGACAUUACAAAGUGGAUGGAGCUGGUACGUACGCAGAUUCACAACAGCUCUGCGAUGAGACUGCGUAAGCUGUGGCACACUAAUUUUCCAUCCAUACAAGGCCCAUGGACACCAUUUACAUUUAAAGACCCAAAGCUAAACUUGGCACAGUUCCCUAACAAAAAGCUUGGUGCAGCUGUUAAAUUAUAUCCUACAGCAACAGAAAAACUUGUAGAAUUAUUUAAAGCCCAACAGUUGAAUGAUAGUGAAAAGAAAGAUGACUCUGAAGCUGUUCAAGAAGACAGUGAACAUGUUCAAAGAGCAUAAUUUUUAAUAGGAGAAUAUAUUGAUUGACUUGUGGCAUUAUUGGUAUGUAAACUUGGACACGGCUUACAAUGACAUACACCUCGCAUUGUACAAUUAAAUGGAUCGUUGCAAAAAGUUAACUUUGCAGUACAAGGUGCUGUUGGAAUUCCUGGAAAACUAGUCUAAAAAAUAUUUUUCCUA